UAUACAUUUCCUUAUGCAUAUGUUAUGUACAUAUAGGAUUCUCCGUAUUGAUUUUGCAAUAUCGAUAUACCCGUGAAGAAAUACACUCCAUACAUUGUUUACAUGUAGAUCAAUAAACAGAAAGUGGACUUACAGGCAUGGACUUAUGAAUAAGUAAAAAUGGGGUCAGGGUCAUCCAAGCGCUCGAGCCCAACCUCGGCGUCAAAACCAACUAAAGCUGUAGUUGAAGAACCAAAAUCUAAUACAGCUUCAUUCCCCAAGCAGGUCGAUGAUUUAAAUGAUCUUUUAAAUAAUACAAAACUUGGCGCCGAUGGCAAUGACAAUGUUGCCAAGGAAACAGAUGGGCCUUCUGGGAAUGACGACAAAAUGGAUGCUUUUUUGACGGAAGUUCCUGAGCCUUGGCUUGAUAUUCUAAACGAAGUUGCCGACAGCGAACUCUGGCCUGGAGGUAAAAGAAGCGAAAGACCUGAAUGGCAGGAAUUCUUCACAAAGGCAGAUGAACUAGCCAAAUCCCCAAAGAAAGAACUUUCUUUGAAAACGAAGACAGCAAUCUACAGUGGCGAACUGGUCAUCCCGGAUUUGCCGGACAUGAAUAAAAAAGUUCUUGUUUUUGUGAGUUCCACGUUCACAGACACCAAAGCGGAAAGAAAUAAUCUCAUGAAAGAUGUAUACCCGUACGUUAGAGAGAUAUGUAGGCGACUGGGUCUAGAAUUUGGUACCAUUGAUAUGAGAUGGGGCGUCACGGACGAGGCAACAAAACAUCACGCCACCGUUAAAAUGUGUGUGGACGAAAUACAAAGAUGCAUAAAGGAAAGUUGUGGCCCCGCAUUUCUGUGUAUCCUUAGCCACAAAUACGGAUACAGGCCAAUACCGGCGACCAUCGAAGAAUCCGAAUAUGAAAUGAUUCUGGCUUACUUGAUUAACAAUAAUCAAGAUGCCAGUUUAUUGAAGACAUUCUAUCGCCUUGACAAAAAUGCUUUGGAACAGGAAUAUGUGUUGCGAUCUAUGCGUGAUGACGAAGACAAAGAUCAGUGGUGGAAGGAUAUAGAAGUAAUUCAAGAGCAAAUUCGUCAAGCAGCUGUUGAGUGUUUCCAUGGAAAACCAGAUAUCUGCAGUAAAUACUUUGUAUCAGUAACUGAAAUGGAGAUCCAGUCGGGUGCAUUUAAGAACUUAGAUCGUGACAACCAGUCAUGUUUCAUGAUCAGGGAACUUAGAGAUAUCGAGAACAAAAUUCAUCAUCAUCGUAGACUGAGAGACAUGAAAGGGUCGGAAGUGGACAAAGAUGCGAAUGAAAGAUUACAAUUUCUAAUACAAAAGAAACUGCCUGAAAAAGUUCGACAUGAAAACAUUCAUACCUUUAAUUAUUCAUACGUUAAUGUCAAAGGCGGGAUGCAGUCAGUGAGGCAGUUUUGUGACCAAGCUUGUCGGAAAAUAAUCGGCAUGAUUUUUGACAGCUUUGAAAAGAAAGGAAACAUUGAAAAUGACACAGAUGUAGUGGAAAUUGUUCAGCAUUUAAAACUGGCAGAAGAGAAAAGAAGGCUUUUUGUAGGACGCGAAAAAGAACUAACGGAAAUUAAAAGAUAUUUUACAGGCAAAACAGGCGGAAAUAAGCCUCUGGUUAUCUCCGGAAGUUCCGGAAGUGGUAAAACGGCAUUGAUGGCUGUAAGCGCUGGGAAAGCAAAAGAAAUCUUCAAAAAUAGUGUUGUGAUUGUUCGAUUCAUUGGAACAACAAGUCAGUCAGGAUCAGUAAGAAGCCUGCUUUUAAGCAUUUGUAAGCAAAUAGCACAUGCUUACUUUCAAGAUGUUGCAUUGAUUCCAGAUUCUACCAGGGAACUUGCUGAUUAUUUCAGAAAUGCGCUGAACAAUGCUACGAAAACUACCCCACUGAUAAUUCAUCUGGAUUCACUUGAUCAGUUGUCUUCAGAUGACAAUGGUAGGAAACUUGAUUGGCUGAAACUUGACGCGAACCUACCGAAACAUGUUAAGGUUGUGCUUUCCUCUUUAGAAGCAGACACGUUGUAUGUCCUCCAAAAGCACUUGCCUCAAGAAAAUAUUGUUCACGUCAUGAAACUGUUGCCUGGUGAAGGACCGGAAAUACUGCAGAAAAUGAUGAAGUGUAAAGGUCGCAAAAUUACAGAACCUCAAAUGAAAUUAGUUAUGAAUGCCUUCCUUAAUACUCCACUUCCGUUGUAUUUGAGUCUUGCAGCUGACAUUGCGAGUAGAUUGAAAUCUUAUGACAACAUAGAGGCAGACGACAUUUCACCUACUAUCAAAGGAAUGAUAACAAUACUAUUUGAACGUCUGGAAAAUAUGUUUGGAAAGAUAUUUGUUCAGCAUGCGUUAGCGUACAUUACCGCUUCUAAGCAUGGAUUGUCACAAAAUGAGCUUGAAGACAUUUUGUCAUGUGAUGACGUAGUUCUGGACAGUUUAUUUCAGUACUGGACCCCGCCUAUGCGCCGAAUGCCUCCAUUACUAUGGACAAGGGUACGGCACGAACUAGGCCAGUAUCUGUCUGAGAGAGGAUCUGACGGCGUGACUGUCUUAACCUGGUUUCAUAGACAGUUCAGCGAGACAGCAAAAGAAAGGUACCUUAACACUUCAGCUGAUUCAGACAUGAACCAUAACGCUCACUCGGCUAUAGCUGAUUACUUUGAUAGCAAAUGGGUAGGCGGUAAGGAAUAUAUAUCAAAAGGGUCAAAAUCUAAGGCUUCAGUAAAACCAGUCGUGGAGGACAGAGGUCUACCAGAACAGCCUUUAGUAUAUGGCAACAGAGUCAAAGGCUUUCAGAAUAUCAACAGAAGAAAAAUUAGAGAACUACCAUAUCAUCUGUUAAAACUUGGUGAUAUGGAAAGGUUCUCUAAGUUAUUCCUUGAUCUUAAAUUUGUAGAAACAAAAUUUGAAGCAGGAAUGGGGCAUGAAUACUACUCAGAACUUACAGACGGAGCAAAGAUCGCUAAGGCUGGUAAUUUAAUCAGAAUGGUGCGAUUCAUCGGCUCGAACCUAUCAUUUUUGCUGAGAGAACCUUUGUCUAUUUACCAGCUGGCGUCCCAACAGUUGGAACAUCACCCGGCAAGGCAACAGCUGACGAAACUUCACGAAAUACCAACAACCGUAAUAAAGAAUACCACUCUGUCAGACGACACUUCUAACGAAGUAUGUGAACUUACUUUACAAGGUCACAAAGAAAGCCCACUCUCUUGCGAUUUUUCUCCUAAAGGUGACAAGAUUGUUUCCACUUCUACAGACGGCUGUCUGAGGAUAUGGGAUGUCCUUACAGGCUCGGAAGUAGCAGUUUAUACGUCACUUCCGUCGUCCAGCGUCCCGGAUGACAAGCGCACCCAGAUGAACAUGCUUGUACAUUCUGUAAAUCCGUGUUGUUUUUCUCGUGAUGGGGAAACAAUAGCAUUAGGUACAGAAGAAGCAGAAAUUGUCUUAUUUGAUUGCGAUGGAACAAAGUUAAAGAGUGAACCAACAGAGAACGACAGGGUCACCUGUAUACAGUUUUCUCCUGACAACAAAUCCAUAGCAACGGGCUUUAUGAACGGCAAGUUAUACAUAUCGAAAGCUGAGACACUCGAACACUGUGGCACUCUUCAACUAGAACACGAAAUUUUAGACCUUGAUUUCUCGCCUGAUGGCGAUAUGUUGGCUGUCGUCUGCCGAACUGGUUUGGCUAGAAUAAAAACUGAACCACUCACAUUUGACUGGUUUACAAGAAACAUGCCAGGUAAAGGUCAGAGAAGGAAUGAACGCCGUGCUCUAAGACCGGAACUUGUCCUCUGUGGUUGCUAUCAUCCCGGUGGGCGAAGGAUAAUGACGGGAUCAGCCGAUAAUCAUAUUGGGAUAUGGGAUGCAUCGAAAGGCGUCUGUCUGCAGAAACUCGGAGAACAUCCGGCUUGGAUAUGGUCUAUCAAGAUAACUAAGGAUGGAACAUACAUGUUCUCAGCGUCCUCUGACCGUAGUAUCAAACUUUGGAAAAGCACCAAGGAGGACGUUUGGGAGGUUGUUUCAACGUUUUAUGGUCAUUCUCACAGGGUUGUAUGUUUGGCUGUGGACAAAAAUACAGAAUCUAGACUGGUUUCGGCGUCAUUAGACUGCACUCUGAAAGUUUGGGACCUCAACGCGAUGAAGCAGAACACUAGCAAGACCGAAGCUGUACCUGUAGAAGCAGACUUACAUUUCAACUCUCUUUGCAUUUCUCCAUCCCUGUUGCAAAUAGCAAAGUCAAACGGAUGGUCACGUAGUUGCGAGAUCCAAAGUAUUGACAGUGUAGACGACAACGAUAUUGGUAGAACUGAAGACCAUCACGGAUUUGUAAAGAAGGCAGAGUUCACUAGCGAUGGCAGUAAACUCCUUGUCCUCGAUCACGGCCAUCGUGGAGACUAUUUGGCGAAGUCAGCUUUACAAGCAAAAUGUGUGGUGUAUUAUGCAAUGGACUGUACAAAACUUCAUGAACUGAAUGUAAGCGACGGCGGCAAGGACGGUCCCACGGCGUUCUCGUGCAGCUGCUCUUAUAUCGCCGUCGGAACAUAUUUGGGGAAGAUAUGGUUGUUUGACAUAAAUAGCUACACGCCAAUCACAAGCUGGAAGUGGGAACCGAACAUUGUUGCAGUGGCUUGUUCUUCGGAAGGUGGUCACGUGAUUACAGCUGCGGGAAGAGAAUGCACUGUAUGGAAAAUAAAUGGGGAGAAGCACAGUACAGUAUCGGAAUUACCAGAACACGAUUCCAAUAUUACUACCUCAAUGUUCUCACCAAAUGGACAUACAUUUGUAACCGGUACCGAGUCAGGAAAAAUCUACGUUUGGAAUAUUUCGGACACUUCGGUUAUUCUGUGUCAAACAUUGACCAGUCAUACGGCCUCUAUAAAAGAUAUCAGCUUUUCUAAAUCGGGGAAACAUAUGAUCUCAUGCGGCGAUUUAAGUGCCAGAGUAUGGAAUGUAGAAGACGGCUGUAAACUAAAAGGCGUUUACUACGCUCCAGUGAAUUGUGCGGUUUUUAAAUCGGAGCAUGAAGUGCUAGCCGGUGACGCUGUUGGAAAACUGAAUUGUCUGUGUUUUUAAUUACAAAUAAAAUGGAUCGUGUCUGGACAUGUAACACCUCUUUGUUAUAAGAAUAUGUGAUUAAUAAUGUGAUAAAGAUUUUGUUCAAUAGAAUAUUAAAACAGCUAUUUAAACAGCUAUUUGCUGUAACCCAUCA